UCAAGAAACGUCUCAGGUGAUGAAGUCGCUGAGCCACAAUGGGCAACAAAGUGACUCGAAGAGACUUUGAAUGGGUGUACACCGACCAGCCGCACGCCAGACGCAGGCAAGAAAUAUUAGCCAAGUAUCCAGAGAUCAAAUCUUUAAUGGGACCUGACCACCACCUCAAAUGGAUCAUCUUGGCAAUGGUGUUUGUCCAGCUUUUGGCCUGCUGUCUGGUGAGAGACUUGGCAUGGAAAUGGGUACUGUUCUGGGCCUAUGCCUUCGGCGGCUGCAUAAACCACUCGUUGACUCUGGCCAUACACGACAUAUCUCACAACGUGGCCUUCGGUAACCUCCAGGCGAAAAGGAACAGGUGGUUCGCCAUGAUCGCCAACCUGCCGAUUGGCGUUCCGUACUCUGCCUCCUUUAAGAAAUACCACAUCGACCACCACCGCUAUUUGGGAGGAGACAACCUGGAUGUGGACAUCCCUACAGACUUUGAAGGAUGGUUCUUUUGCACCCCCUUCCGCAAAGUGGUAUGGCUCAUCCUGCAACCUCUCUUUUACGUCUUACGACCCCUAUACGUGAAUCCCAAGCCUAUGACCAGGAUGGAAAUCUGUAACGCCCUAUUGCAGUUUUCUGCGGAUCUUCUGUUGUAUCGCGCGUUCGGCCUGAAGCCCCUUGUCUACUUGGUGGCCGGUUCGGUGUUCUGUUUGGGAUUCCAUCCGAUAUCUGGACAUUUUAUCGCUGAACAUUAUAUGUUUAUGAAAGGACAUGAGACCUAUUCCUACUAUGGAUGUCUGAAUUUGAUUACUUUUAAUGUAGGCUACCACAUGGAGCAUCACGACUUCCCCAGCAUUCCGGGUAGCAAACUGCCAAUGGUACGGCAGAUUGCCUCGGAAUAUUACGACAGCCUUCCCCAGCACCAGUCCUGGGCCCGCGUGAUCUGGGAUUUCAUCUUUGAUGAAGAGAUCGGACCUUAUUCCAGGAUCAAAAGAACGUGCAAGCUGGCAAAUGCAAUUUAAACGCCGAGCUGGCCCUUCUGAAAAGGAACUAUUUUAUCUUGUCAUAUUCUUGUUGAACAAUGCC